UCAGCUCCACUGUUUCAUGUGGCUGUUGCGAUCAAACCCCAUUGAGAAUUGUUCACUUGGAAGCGCGGCGGACGAGCAGGUUAUCGACCCAGUAAAUAAACGCUUUGUUUGUGUUUUUCAGUAGAGGUUUAUGUAACAGCCCGGUUGUGAUUGCGGUUAACGUUGUUGACAACGUUAAAAAGGAGAAAGAAUAAAAAAACGGUCGUCUUGGAGAAGCAAGCAAACGUUCCCACGGCUACAGGUAGCUCGCGCUGCCGGCUGACAGUCUUCACGUGCGGGUCAUGCGGGUGCAUCCGGACGCAGGGCAGGUCGAGUCCCAGCGCUGCUAGUUCACCGAGAAGCCGAUCAUCACUUCGCCUCCGCCGGACGGGGAAACCGCCAUGUCCCGAAGGAAGCAGAGUAAACCCCGUCAGAUCAAACGCCCUAUUGGGGAUCUUGAUGGUGGAGAAGACAAUCCACCUGAUGACGUCAGUCUCUCAGGGGAAGAGGCUGGUGCCUCAGACCAGGACGACUCGGCGGAGUGCGAUGGUUCCAGUUCCUCCUUUGCGCCUCUUUAUAAUGAAGAGCCCAGAACACAUGAGUCUCCAGACACACCGGACAUUAACGAGGAAGAUGAGAAACGCUGGAAACCCAGUGAUGAUGAAGAGCCGCAGAUGGAAGAGGAGGAUGAGGAGAUGGAGGAGGAAGAGGAGGAGGAGGAAGUGGAACCGAGUUGGAAUGGCCCAGAUGAUUUGAAGCUAUGUGAUGUACAAGAGGACUCUAAGGUUCUGGCUCGCAAGGACCUGUUGGUGGACACACUCUGGGGACCUUUCUCUGGAAGCAUCCAAUCAGAUGAAUCUGUAAAUGGAGUAUCCAAUCAGAGUCUGGUGUGUGAGGAUGAGGACUGUUGGCUUGCAAGAAUCCCUGUGACCUCCUGUUCCUCAGAAGCAAACUGCAUCAUUUACAGUCAAGAUGAUGAUCUGUACUGUAAACUCACUCAAGAGAUCUCUAGUGGAGAUGCUUUAGUGGCCAUCCUUUCUAGUGCAGCACAGCAAGCUUCAACCCAAACUCAUAAACCCCCAGUGAAGGAGGAGCCAGAGUACCCAGCAACCCUGCCUUCUGAUAUCCAGCUCCUCCCACAACAGGCUGGCAUGGCUGCCAUUUUGGCAACUGCAGUUGUUAACAAGGAUAUCUUCCCGUGCAAAGACUGUGGAAUCUGGUACCGAAGUGAGAGGAACCUGCAAGCUCAUCUCAUGUACUACUGUGCCAGCCGACAGAAGCAAAAGGCCACGGAUUCUCCUCCACAGGACAAACCCAAAGACUCAUACGCUAAUGAGAGGGUGUGCCCAUUUCCCCAGUGCAACAAGAGUUGUCCCAGUGCUAGCUCACUGGAGAUCCAUAUGAGGACACACAGUGGUGAGCGUCCAUUUGUUUGUUUGAUCUGCUUGUCUGCGUUCACUACUAAGGCCAACUGUGAGCGGCAUUUGAAGGUGCACACUGACACUCUGAAUGGUGUGUGUCAUGGCUGUGGAUUCAUCUCUACAACUCGAGACAUCCUCUACAGCCAUCUGGUCACUAGCCACAUGGUGUGCCAGCCUGGUUCUCGCAGUGAAGGCUACUCCCCCAAACUUCCAGUGACCACAGGCCUGAAUCUUGGAGACUCUGGCAUAUUACUGAAGUGUCAAGUGUGUGGAUUUUCUGCAGACACACCUGCUCUGCUCCAACAGCAUGUCCACACCCACCUGGAGGUCAGGAUUCCUGCUGAAAGGAGCGAAACACCGCAGCAAGGUAGCCCUGUAACCUCAGAGCUCUCAGAGUCUCAGGACCAAGAGCUGUCAGCCAGCAUGCCCAGACCAGACUCUUCUAGCCCUGGGGCCAAUGGUGGAGCAGCCACCUCCCGUGGUUGUAAUUCUCCAGAGCAGUUGAAGAUAAAGGAAGAGCCACAGUCUGACUCAGAGAUCAAAACAACGGUCGAAGAGCAGGAUGACAAUCAUAGUGCAUGUGCAACAGAGCCAAGCUCUCCCAUACCUACCUCUCCUAAGAGCCCAUCAGUCAUUACAGUGAAGGCAGAGCCAGCCAGUCCCAUUCCCGGCUCUAGCCCUGUUCAUUUGGGAGCAGGAGGAUCAGUGUUACCUGGUGGAACUUUGUUUCUGCCCCCUUACCUCUUCAGCCCUGAGGCUGCCAUCAUGCCCCAGGCAUCCGAAAUUCUGGCCAAAAUGUCUGAGAUGGUUCAUAGUAGGCUCAAGAGUGGGCAGGUCCCAGCAACUGCACAGGGUUUCUACUCUACAGGCUCUCCUGCUGGUGUUCCUAAGGGGGCAACAUGCUUUGAGUGUGACAUCACCUUUAAUAACAUCAACAACUAUUAUGCCCACAAGAGAUUGUACUGCUCAAGCAGACACCAGCAAGGGGAGGGAUCUGGCAUUGUGACAGAUGAUCCAGUAACCGCAGUGUCCCUUUCAGGUAAUGAUGCCUCUCCACAAGCAGGGCCAGGUAAUUCUACAGCAUCAGCUUCCCCAAGCUACACUGACUCUGCAGUGGCUGUGCCAGUUACAGACACCAAUCCAACUGAGGUUAAGAGUGAGACUCCAGGACCGAAAGAAACUGCAUCUUCAUCUUCCUCAGAGGGUGAGGGUGCUGGAGGGGGUAGGGUAAGUGAGGGGAGUCAAAGCCCUGCAGAAAUCAGUGGAUCAGCUGAAGACCUGGAGGAGGAUCCCACUCGCACCUUUUGCCAGGCCUGCAAUAUCCACUUCAGCAGACAUGAGAACUACAUUGUUCAUAAGAGAUUUUACUGUGCUUCACGUCACGACCCUUCCAACCAGCGUCUUGUGGCAGGCAAGGUUGCCUUUGUGCCACAGCCCAUUCGUACACGGAAACGCAAAAAGAUGUAUGAAAUCCACAUGGCACGGAAUGAGGCUCUGGCAAGUGCUGCUGCACUCCCUGCUGUACCAGGCUUGCCAGUGAAACAAGAGUGUGCCAGUGCCAGCUCACUUGGGGCCACAGUUGCCAGCGCUGCUUGCAGUUCUAGUCCAGAGGCUGAUGGCCCCAUUGAUCUUAGCAAAAAGCCCUGCUUGAGGGAGAACUCAAGAGGAAAUAAUAUAACAGCAUUACCCCUUACAGAUUACCACAAAUGUACAGCCUGCAGUAUUAGCUUCAACAGCAUUGAGAAUUACUUGGCUCACAAAACCUACUAUUGCCCUGCCACCGCUUUGCAACCUCAAACGCGAGAGCAUCUGCAUCGGCUUAAGAGACCUGCUUCCACUUCCCCUAAGAACAGAGUUCCUGAUCUCCAUCCUGACACCAAAAGCCACCAAACUGGAAAGUCCACUGUGGUCCCUCAUACCUCUGUCUUACACAGUCUGGAGUCUACCUCUCAUUCUGUGUCUGGGGUGAAGACCCCCAGCAGUCCUCCUAUGAUUUGUCCUUACUGCCCUCCUAAUCGGGCAGUGACCUCUGAUCUGGUGGAGCAUUUCAGGACGGCUCAUAGGCUGGUCGUUACCACGCAGCAGCAGACUGAGGUCCAGCCUCCCAGUGUUAGUCCAAGCAACAGCCUCAGUCCUCGCAAUGGAGCUCCACUAACACCUCCCAAGCCAGGCCCCAGGUCCCAAAGGGAUAGUGUAAAUGGCCGGACCAGGAGGGAUCCUGCCUCUCCCUCCUCUCCACUGCUCAAUGGAAGCCCUAUACCACAACAUCCUAUUGGUGCUGGCUCUCCUAAAGCAGCCCCUCCUGCCCUCUCACCCACAGGCUCAAUUCCACUGACUGUGUCACCUGUGUCUGAUACCUUGAGAGACUUGGGUUCACAAGGAUACACCACCACUCACUUGGUUGUCCCGGAGAAAGAUGUAAGCCCCAGUGCCUCAACUACACCCAAGGCAGUCCUUGCAACGGCAUUACAAAAUGGGAAUACUCGCUACUGUCGGCUGUGCAACAUCAAAUUCAGCAGCCUGUCCACAUUCAUUGCACACAAAAAGUACUACUGCUCCUCCCACAGUGCUGAACAUGUAAAGUAAGCCAUUCACAUCCAGUCACAUCAUUACUAUCAACUCUGCAAGUGCCAAGUGUCACUUGUGCAUGUGGCUUUGCCCUGCCCAAUCUCAACAUUGUAUAAAAGUGGGACUGUUACUGUCCAGGGGCUGAGGUUGCAAUGGCAACCCUGCUUUUUCUGCUGUUGUUACUAUGGUAACCUAUUGCCUAUUAUGGGUCACAUUUAUAUCACACUAAAUAAUGCAACAUGCUAACUGUGCACAGAAAUGUGCCCACUGACCUAUAAUUAUACUUAUAAAGGCCCCGCCAAGUUUAACCCAUGUAUUAUAUCUGCUGAUGGGGCACUAGAUCCCACAUUUAUUCAUAUUAAUUCACUCAUUUUGCUUUAAUCACUCGUGUGCUUGAUGUUGAUGUUGAUUAUUUCAGUGGUAGCAUUAUGUAUCAUGUCCCAGACCGAUUGUAGUUUUCUGAGCCAUUAAUUGUUAUUCAUUUGGGGAAAGUCUGUCCUUUAGUGUAAUUGUAUAACUCAAGACUCUUAAUUUCAUGAUGUGCUACAAUAUUUUUGUCCAUACACUGAAGCAUCAUUUUAUAAGAAAAAAGAAAACCAGAGUAGCUCAAUCGAUACUGGUUUUGUGAAGUUACCGGUUCCACAUGGAAGAUUUGAAGAAGGGAUUAUAUGAACAUAUGUGUCUUUACUUAUUUUACUUUCACAGAAUACUACCUACUGUCUUUUUAUGAAAAAGAUUUAUAUUUUUGUUUCUAUGUGUAUAUAUAUUUUUUUCAUACUGUUAAUAGCAACCAUUUCAAGGCUAGUCUAUUGUAUGUUCUUAGUUCUUAGGUAUGUGCCUGUUUAUAGUAAUUUCUGGGACACUGAGUACUCCUGUUUUCACAGUUGUCAGCAUUGCAUUUAUAGUAUCUGAUUGGUAAGUGUUGGAAUAGUGCAUCAUGAUUGCACUAGAUUCUUUCUCAGUAUUGGCUCAUUACACUGGGUCAGGGGUUUUAUAUGAGGUGGUUGAGAACACCAGUCCAUUAUGAAUCGUCAUGAAGGUUUUGUUUGAGAGAUGGGAUGAGGAUGUUUGGUCAGUACCCCUUCUCUCUCUUUAACUCUGUCACUCCACAAACACAUUCACAGCCCUGUCGACCUGCUGAUAAACCGUUGUCUGUACUGUAAUAUAGUAUGGACACUCUCUACACCCACUCACAAAUCGUGUAUGGUGUGUGACUAUAGGUUGCUGUUGUUUCCAUUUUUAAUCCAGUAAUGAAGUUUAGCAUAUAAAUAUAUACUUCAGAGGGUUCUAGCAAAAAUAAAGAUUUACUUAAUCAGUCUUGCAAAGUGUUGAGUCACACUGGUAUCCCAGUGCAUCCCAACAAUUCCCUCUCUGACUAACUGUUAAUCUUUAGGAGUUUGUCAUUUGAAAGUUGCAGCGUAGUGCAAUCUUUACACCUUGAACAAGCUACCUUGCAAAGCCUUAUUUGAAGACACAAAUGGGUAUGUCUGAAACAGCUAGCAAGUGGACUUUUUUCCGUUACUAGAGCCGUUUCUGGUGUUACAAAGACCAUAAAGGUUUGAUUUCUCUGUGCAGUGGGUUUGAAUUGGUGCUUCACCAGUUGUAUGCCACACACAACUGUUUAUUAUUCUGUUGUUUUGCCUUUCCUAACUAUCACAUACUCUUGACCAGUGCUGAAGGCCCAUUUUACCUAUCUGGUUCCUGUUUUUAUUGCACUGUGGUGUAUAAAAAUGCUGAAUGUUUUACUUUAAGAAGCUUUUUUUGUAUUGUAUUUAAGUUUGACAGCACUUUUCCUUGUCCAAUCCUAUGUCUGAAGGACUGAUAAACAUUUGAAUUAACAAAGUUAAUUAAGGUAUUUUGUGUAUAAUUACAAACAUUGUUGGAAAAAUGAUUAUGAAUGUCAUACCUUGUUCUUUUUUUUAAUUGCAGUCUCUAUUAAAUGUUCCACUACACAUUUGUCCAAACUAUGCAUGGGAAAAAAAUAAACAGUCCUGGAGGAAAUUUUAAGUGCAAAGCUUUGCCCUCCUGUACUCAAUUAAUUCACUAUGAUGACAUAGUGAUUUUACAGUUUAUUCAUUCGGAAACAUUAGAUCCUCAAUUAAACAUACAUUCUUCUGACCAGAAAUUACAUAAUGUGAUUAGAUUAAAUUGUUUGUCAUUAUCUGAAUAUUUGUACUGUAAAGUAUUUUUUUAACUUAUAACUUUAUUAAGUGAUAGAGUUUUCUGGGGAAAGUGUGACCGGUAGUCCAUCACUGUUUGAAGAACUUUUGCACAUCCUUUUCCAUAAUUUUAUUAUAUUGGUAUUAAUUUUAUUCAAACUGAAGCUUGGCUGGGUCUUUGGCGAUUGCAGAAGAAAAAACAUAAGUACCUUCACUGUGUGGACAUUUUGCUUUAGUAAAUGAGCUUGUUUUGUUCACACUUAAGUUAUUGCUUGUUUCCAUCAGCCUUUAUUACUCAAUCAUCUCUUUGAAUGCUGGUGUUGUUUUGUCAGUGCACCCUCUGGGCUCUGACUGCAAUUAUCAAAAUGAAAAAAACUUUUUUUUUUCCAUCUUAAGGCUUCAAGGCUAUUCAGCUGUGCAGAUUAAUAACACAGCUGGAUGUCUGUACCUGUGGAUUGUUUUUCAGGAUAAAUUCAAUUGAUAGACUCCUAUAAAGGUAAGAAAAAUCUGAGGUCAAUAUGACAAUGUUUUUCCGUUUUUUUAUUUCCUUACCAUCUCACAGUAAUUCAAGGCCACAUGCUUUCAUUGCUUAAAGGUCUUGGAAUGCAGUGAUCUAUGUUGCUUUGAAGCUGUUUUGUGACUCUGUAAAAAGUGUUUUUUUUGUUUUGUUUUGUUUUGUUUUUUAAAUAUUGAUCACUUUAAAAUAAAAAAAAGUGUAGUUGUAA